UGUGCAAUGACUUCAAAUGUCAUGCACGCUCAACCUGUCCAAGAUGUUAUCUGUUCUGUGAACAGUUUUGUUAUUUUUAGCACUGUACAUAAAGGCUUGGUGAGUUUGUUUCACAAACCAAACUAAUGGGACGUGCACUAUUCAAGACUGUCGUCAGUAUACACAUGUGAAGUGCGGAUAUAUCAUUUACUUUAUACAUUAUUAUUUGGAUAAAUACGAUAUCUAAUCAUAGACUGCGUAGAGAGUUGUUAGAAAAGCUUUUGUAGUACUGAUUAUAGACUCGGUUAGGGUCAGUAAAGGGUGCCAGAGAGUCAGACCGAGCAGAACCGGACACUAGUCUGUCUGUCUGGUUCCGGUCAGGGAUCGGGUCCAGACGCUAAACCCGAAUCAAAAUGGCGUCCGCCGGUCCACCCGACACGGGCUUAUCCGCCCCUCCAGAUCUAAGGACUCCGUUUUGGAGGCUGUUGGCCUCUCGGAGAGGAUCCAGCGGAGUUCGAAAGAUGACCAUGACGGAGGGGCCGGGAUCAUCCCAGAGUAUGAAGAAGACCAUCGGUCACCGAGGAGUUGACCCCACAGGGGAAACAACUUACAAAAAGACGACCUCAUCCGCCCUCAAAGGUGCCAUUCAGCUGGGAAUCACACACACUGUGGGCAGCCUCAGUCAGAAAGCAGAGAGAGAUGUUCUCAUGCAGGACUUCUAUGUAGUAGAGAGCAUCUUCUUCCCAAGUGAAGGAAGUAAUUUGACCCCGGCACAUCACCAUGGUGACUUCAGGUUUAAGACCUACGCCCCCAUCGCCUUCCGAUAUUUCAGAGAACUCUUUGGCAUUCGACCUGACGAUUAUCUGUACUCUCUGUGUAAUGACCCUUUGAUUGAAUUGUCUAACCCUGGAGCGAGCGGAUCGAUAUUUUAUGUGACAAGCGAUGAUGAGUUUAUUAUCAAAACAGUGCAGCACAAAGAGGCAGAGUUCCUGCAGAAGCUACUGCCCGGGUACUUCAUGAAUCUGAAUCAGAACAAGAGAACGCUGCUCCCGAAGUUUUACGGCUUGUAUUGCGUUCAGGCGGGUGGAAAGAACAUCCGUAUCGUUGUGAUGAAUAACCUGUUGCCCCGCAGUGUGCCUAUGCACCUCAAGUACGACCUGAAGGGCUCCACGUACAAGCGGCGUGCCUCCCCUAAAGAGAGAGACAAAAGGGUCCCCACUUACAAAGAUCUGGAUUUCAUCCAGGAUAUGCCCGAGGGUAUUCAGCUAGAAACAGACAACUACAACGCCCUCUCCAAAACCAUCCAGCGGGACUGCCUGGUGAGCGUGCAUGCUUGUGUGUGAGUGUUAUGGCAUGCUAGUUUAAAAUGCAUGAUUAGUAUGUGCAGAUGUUGGUGCAGUGUAUAGUAGGGAUGCACCGAAUAUUUGGCCACCGGAAAAUUUUUGCACAAAAAUGGCCAAAAAAUGGACAUAUAAGGGAAUAUGAGGGGAACGCGGCACAGAAAAUACGCUUUAACACUCCCACUCCGUCUGUGGCGGACAUUUUUAAAAAGGCAAGGCAAUUCUUGGAGCAUUUGUUGUUGUUAAAGUGCUACAGUUAACACAUAGGCUAUAGCAGUCUUUGUUUCGAUGCACUAUUUUUUGGAAGGCCUAAAGAGAAAAUAUUGUUGCACUUGUUCUGAAUGUCCUUUGUUGUAGUAGUCAUACAGAGAAAAAAUAAAAAUGCACUUGACCUAAAUGCAUCUAAAUGAACAUUUCAUUUUACAACAUUUCAUUCAUAUACGUUAUAAUUUAAUGUACGCAUAAGUGGGGUCAAGAUACACAUUUUAGUGUGAAUGUAAUUUUAUGCUGUGCAUUGUUGCAGUGUGCUAAAUUAUCAGUAAUUGAUUUAUUCUUUAAAACUUUAGGAUUAAUUUAUGCGAUUGCAAUGCCUUGAUUUUAGUAAAGUUAUUACACAGUCAUAACCAUAAAUGCAAUCGUGCAUAAUUUCUUUUGGUGUUUUGUUUUUUUCGACCUUGGUUUCCUCUUUUUUGGUUUUCAGUUUCGGCCAAGAAUUU